ACCUGCAAUAACAAGACUAUAGCUGUAUAGGAUUUUUUAUGUAAAUAGAUGGGUUUUAGGAUGGGAGUUAGCCUCGUUCCACGAUCCUGAUCCCAUGAGCUAACAUUCCGUUUCACUAAAUGGAUUAAAUGACAAGUUCACUUUUCUUUUCUUUUUUACCAAUCUGUGUUUUGGAUGUAAAUGGCAUGUUAUAGAAGCAUGGGGAAGUCUAUUGCUGGUGGGCUAAGUUUCUUAAAACCAAGUGAAAAUUGCAAAAAAAGAAAGUGUCUGGACACUUCGAUGUCGAUUAUGGCAGCCCCCCGCACCUCUCUGAUUCAGAGGGGUUGGGUUAAAAGCGGAAGACACAUUUCAGUUGAACGCAUUCAGUUGUACAACUGACUAGGUAUUCACCUUUCCCUUUUCUUUCCCUUUAACAUUUCAUAUACAUCCAAAAUACAGAUUUGGUCAAACAAAGGUGAACUUGUCCCUUAAAGUGAAACUAAACGAGAGCACAGUGGUCAGGAUGGUGGGUUGGGAGUCAAUUCCAUUACAACUCCAGUCAAUUCAGGAAGUAUACUGAAAAUCCAAUUCCCAUUAUCUUCAAUACUUUUCAAUGAGGAAAAUGUGGAAUUAUAAUUAAGGUUUACUUUCUAAAUUCACUGGAAUAUAAAUGGAAUUGACCCCAACAAUGGAGACUAGAUAUGAGUAGGCCUAGAGGUAUAGUGUAGACCUAGGUACACUACAUGGCCAAAAGUAUGUGGACAUGUGCUUGUCGGACAUCUCAUUCCAAAAUCAUGGGCAUUAAUAUGGAGUUGGUCCCCCUUUGCUGCUAUAACAGCCUCCACUCAUCUGGGAAGGCUUUCCACCAGAUGUUGGAACAUUCGUAGCGUUAAGAUUUCCCUUCCCUGGAACUAAGGGGCCUAACCCGAACCAUGAAGAACAGCCUCAGACCGUUAUUCCUCCUCCACCAAACUUUAGAAUUGGCAAUAUGCAUUUAGGCACAAAGCGUUCUCCUGGCAUCCGCCAAACCCAGAUUAGUCUGUUGGACUGCCAGAUGGUGAAGCGUGAUUCAUCAUUCCAGAGAACGCAUUUCCACUGCUCUAGAGUCCAAUGGCGGUGAGCUUUACACCACUUCAGCCGACUCUUGGCAUUGCGCAUUGUGAUCUUAUGCUUGUGUGCAGCUGCUCGGCCAUGGAAACCCAUUUCAUGAAGCUCCUGACAAACAGUUAUUGUGCUGACGUUGCUUCCAGAGGCAAUUUGGGACUCAGUAGUGAGUGUUGCAACCGAGGACAGACUAUUUUUUAAACGCUUCAGCACUCGGCGGUCCUGUUCUGUGAGCUUGUGUGGCCUACCACUUUUCAGCUGAGCGUUUUUGCUCCUAGACGUUUACACUUCACAAUAACAGCACUUACAGUUGUCCGGGUCAACUCUAGCAGGGUAGAAAUUUGACGAACUGACUUGGUGGAAAGGUGGCAUCCUAUGAUGGUGCUGUAUGUUGAAAGUCACUGUGCUCUUCAGUAAGGCCAUUCUACUGCCAAUGUUUGUCUAUGGAGAAUUGCAUGGCUGUGUGCUCGAUUUUAUACACUUGCCAGCAAUGGGUGUGGCUGAAGUAGCCAAAUCCAGUCAUUUGAAGUGGUGUCCACAUACUUUUGUAUAUAUAAUGUAUGUUUUUUAUUUCUCAACCAUAGACUUAGUUAGACGACACAUCUUUCUAUCUGUCCCAUUAUUGUGUCUUUGAGGGCAUGGGCAGCGCCAUUGAGAUUAUCUCCAUUUUGAAGUAGUCAAUUUCUUUGCAUUCAGUUGUACAACUGACUAGGUAUUCACCUUUCCAUUUUCUUUCCCUUUAACAUUUCAUAUACAUCCAAAAUACAGUUUUUAGAAAUGUUUGCAAAUGUAUUAAAAAUUUAAAAAAGAUACCUUAUUUACAUAAGUAUUCAGACCCUUUGCUAUGAGACUCGAAAUUGAGCUAAGGUUCUUCCUGUUUCCAUUGAUCAUCCUUGAGAUAUUUCUACAACUUGAUUGGAGUCCACCUGUGGUAAAUUCAAUUGAUUGGACAUGAUUUGGAAAGGCACACACCUGUCUAUGUAAGGUCCCACAGUUAACAGUGCAUGUCAGAGCAAAAAACCAAGCCAUGAGAUCAAAGGAAUUGUCCAUAGAACUCCGAGACAUGAUUGUGUCGAGGCACAGAUCUGGGGAAGGGUACCAAAAUAUUUCGGCAGCAAUGAAGGUCCAAAAGAACACAGUGGCCUCCAUCAUUCUUAAAUGGAAGAAGUUUGGAACCACCAAAACUCUUCCUAGAGCUAGCCACCCGGCCAAACUGAGCGAUCGGGGGAGAAGGGCCUUGGUCAGGGAGAUGACCAAGAACCCGAUAGUCAAUCUGACAGAACUCCAGAGUUCCUCUGUUGAGAUGGGACAGCCUUCCAGAGGACAACCAUCUCUGCAGCUCUCCACCAAUCAGGCCUUUAUGGUAGAGUGGCCAGACGGAAGCCACUCCUCUGUAAAAGGAGCAUGACAGCCCGCUUGGAGUUUGCCAAAAGGCACCUAAAGGACUCUAUGACCAUGAGAAACAAGAUUCUAUGGUCUGAUGAAAUCAAGAUUGAACUCUUUGGCCUGAAUGCCAAGCGUCACGUUUUGAGGAAACCUGGCACCAUCCCUAUGGUGAAGCAUGGUGGUGGCAGCAUCAUACUGUGGGGAUGUUUUUCAGAGGCAGGGACAGGGAGACUCGUCAAGAUCGAGGGAGAGAUGAACAGAGCAAAGUACAGAGAGAUCCUUGAUGAAAACCUGCUCCAGAGCGCUCAUGACUUCAGACUGGGGAGAAGGUUAACCUUCCAACAGCACAACAACCCUAAGCACACAGCCAAGACAACGCAGGAGUGGCUUCGGGACAAGUUUCUGAAUUUCCUUGAGUGGCCCAGCCAGAGCCCGGACUUGAACCCGACUGGGGAGACCUGAAUAUAGCUGUGCAGCAACUUUCCCCAUCCAAACUGACAGACCUUGAGAGGAUCUGCAGAGAAGAAUGGGAGAAACUCCCCAAAUACUGGUGUGCCAAGCUUGUAGUGUCAUACACAAGAACACUCAAGGCUGUAAUUGCUGCCAAAGGUGCUUCAAUAAAGUACUGAGUAAAGGGUCUGAAUAGUUAUUUAAAUGUAAUAUUUCCGUUUAUUUAUUAUUAUUUAUUUAUUUAUUAGCAAAAAUGUCAAAACCUAUUUGUGCUUUGUCAUUAUGUGGUAUUAUGUGUAGAUUGAUGAGGGGGAAAACAAACUAGUUCAUCAAUUUUAGAAUAAGCCUGUAACAUAACAAAAUGUGAAAAAAGUCAAGAGGUCUGAAUACUUUCCAAAUGCACUGUAUGUUAUGGUGUAACGGGUGUCGUCGUCGGAUGAGGAGGAAUCGGACCAAAGCGCAGCGUGGUGAGUGUUCAUGACUUUUAUUGAAACUGAACACUUAAACAGAAAUAACAAAGAGAAUACACGAAACCAAAACAGUCCUGUCAGGUGAAGAACACUAAACAGAAAACAACUACCCAGAAAGCAUCGGUGGGGAAAAGCUAUCUAAGUAUGGUUCCCAAUCAGAGACAACGAUAGUCAGCUGUCCCUGAUUGAGAACCAUACCCGGCCAAAAACAAAGAAAUACAAAUCAUAGAAUGCUCACCCAAAUCACACCCUGACAAACUAAAAUGAAGACAUAAAAAGCUGUCUAAGGUCAGGGCGUGACAUAUAGAAUGUUUGCGCAUCAGUAUAAUUCAUCGGCUGAUCCCUCCUGAUGACCUGGAUCCUUCCUUAACCCAUAGGAAGUCCAACCCUGUCGACUAAUUUAAAAGUAUGCAAGUCCUCAAUGGUAAUUUCAAAGCAAAAACGAGUUAUCUCCAAUUAAUGAUCUCUAUCAAUUCCUCUGUUCUCAACACACCACACGGAAGUACCUAGCUAGCACCACUGGAGGGAAGUGAAAGACCACACUUUCACUUUUGUCUCUUAUUCUUUUUUCAAAAAAACAAUUUGUUUCCAUGUUUAUUUAUUUAUAAUUUUGACAGACCACAUAAGCAAUUUGUUUAACAAUUGAAUUUUAGACAUUAAAUAUCACAUUAGAUGUGUCCGAAAUUGUACUCUAUUCCCUGUAUAGUGCACUAUUUUUUACCAGUGUCAAUUGGGCUCUGGUCGAAAGUUAUGCACUUCAUAUUGAAUCGGGUGCUAUUUGAGACAUGGGCAUGGUUUUGGUAUUGUGUUGUUGCUGGGAUGUCAUAUUUCCACAAGCAACUUGACAGUCAAUAGCCUCUAAUCAAAAUGUAGAUUUCUGACAAUAUCUGAUAGAUGGAGCCCAGCAUGUCUCUUUUUGAGAGUAUCUUUUCAAUGUCUGAGGUUUGCAUCCCAAAUGGUCCCCUGUUCCCUAUAUGGACUCUUAUUUUGGCCUUGUGGGCCCUGGUCAAAAGUAUUGCACCAUGUAGGGAAUAGGUUGCCACUCUGAAUAAAUCCCUCUACGGUUUCAAGACAGCGGUCGUGGAGAUAGUAUUUACUUUCUUGACAUGAAUAAUGUAAGUCUGUUGAGGUAACGGUUGUGUUAACUUAGGCUACACUACUCUGUUCUGAGCAUUAAUUAAACAAUGUGAAUUAUUUUUCCCAUUGACAAAAGCAAAUGAAAUUGUCUUGAAAAUCAAAGUGAUUUUGAUGUGGAUUUAAAUGAAUCUAUGCUCCAAAUGUUAUUAUUAUAUUCUUGGUGGCAAAAAACGAGUAACCCAUCCCACUAGGAAAACACUAGUUGAAUCAACGUUGUUUCCACGUCAUUUCAAUGAAAUUAUGUUGAACCAACGUGGAACAGACGUUGCUGUAUAACUGCCCAGCGGGAUGUUUGUUUGAAAUGGUCGGACCGAAAACAGUUUCCUUUAGGACCCUGGAGACUGCAGUUAAUACUUUCAAGCAAUGUCACCUGUUACGUUCAAAGGGGAAGCCGCGAUGGUGGCGCGCUAUGGUGUAUAUAUAAAUAUAUAUACAUCAUUGGUGGUGUUAGUGUAUCCUUUUUGCGCUGCGUGAAAGGCUUUUGAAGUUAAUAUUUAAGUCCAUCUAUCGCCUUCGCGCUACUAAAUAAAGAGCGUCGCAAAGACACAGCAAGGCAGUCUUCAAAUUUGUGAACAGGUUCCCAGCGGUGGCCAUUUUGAAUUGGGACCCACCAUGCGUCUGUUCCUGCGUCGGCGCUUGUCCCCCCUGAAGCUGGCCCUGGCUGGGGGAACUCUGUUCAUGGUGGUCCUGGUGGUCCUACAGAAGGAUGUGGGCUCCGGCUCCAACUCUGCCCAGGACCCCUGGUUCCAGGAUCUGGUGGAACGUAAGGAUCGGGUGUUGGUGAUGGUUCGAGGAGCAGUCAACAACCUAGGCUUCCAGAUCGGAGCUCCCCAGCCCCCUUCGAUAGAGGAGCAGCAGGCCACCCCAGACCGCCACUGUCCUCCAGGUCACUACAGUCAGGCAGAGCUGAAGCCGGUCCUGGAGAGGCCCCCACAGGACCCCCAAGGGCCUGGGGCCGACGGGAGGGGCUACGAGAAAAAGAACAUGACACCAGAGGAGGAGAAAGAGAAGGAAAAGGGGAUGACCGUUAACUGUUUCAACCAGUUCUCCUCCGACAGGAUCUCCCUCAGCCGUAGCCUAGGAGACGACACCCGGCCACCAGAGUGUGUGGAGCGUAAGUUCCGUCGCUGCCCUCCUCUCCCCACCACCAGUGUAAUCAUAGUGUUCCACAACGAGGCCUGGUCCACCCUGCUGCGUACCGUCUACAGUGUCCUCCACACCUCCCCUGCUGCCCUGCUCACUGAGAUCAUCAUGGUGGACGACGCCAGCACCGCAGAACACCUGGGCACCCGGCUGGAUGAGUACGUGAAGCAGCUAAAGAUAGUGAAGGUGGUGAGACAGCAGGAGAGGAAGGGCCUGAUCACUGCCAGGCUCCUGGGGGCCCGGGGAGCCCUGGGAGAGAUACUCACCUUCCUGGAUGCUCACUGUGAGUGUUUCCAUGGCUGGCUGGAGCCCCUGCUGGCUCGUAUCGUAGAGGAGCCAACAGCCGUGGUCAGCCCAGAGAUCACUACCAUCAGCCUGAAUGACUUUAGCUUCAACAAGCCUGUAGCCACCGCUAAGGCCCGCAACAGAGGGAACUUUGACUGGAGCCUCAGCUUUGGCUGGGAAGGCAUCCCCGAGCAUGAGAGCAACAGACGCAAAGACGAGACCUACCCCGUCAAAACUCCAACGUUUGCCGGUGGUCUCUUCUCCAUCUCCAAGAAGUACUUUGAACACAUCGGGACGUACGAUGACAAGAUGGAGAUCUGGGGGGGUGAGAAUGUGGAGAUGUCCUUUAGGGUGUGGCAGUGUGGCGGCCAGCUGGAGAUCAUUCCGUGUUCCGUGGUGGGUCACGUGUUCCGUACCAAGUCACCCCACACCUUCCCUAAAGGUACUGAGGUCAUCACAAGGAACCAAGUACGACUCGCAGAGGUCUGGAUGGAUGACUACAAACACAUCUACUACCGACGCAACAGUAACGCUGCCAAGAUGGCCAAGGAGAAAGGAUUUGGUGACAUCUCGGAGCGUGUGAAUCUGAGGGAGAGGCUGCAGUGUAAGAACUUCACCUGGUAUCUGAAUACUAUUUACCCCGAGGCGUUUGUGCCAGACCUCACCCCUACCAAGUUCGGAGCGAUUAAGAACUCUGGUGCCCAGAGCUGUCUGGAUGUGGGAGAGAAAAAUGAAGGAGGGAAGCCAUUGAUCAUGUACACGUGCCACAAUAUGGGGGGUAACCAGUACUUUGAGUAUACGUCCCAUAAGGAACUGCGUCACAACAUAGGGAAGCAGCUGUGUCUACAGGCCAACCCCCAGCCAGACCAGGUUAAGAUUGAGCUCUGUACACUAAAGGGACUAGGGACUAGCGUGGCACCACAACAGGAGUGGCUCUUUACAGAGGAGAAUCUCCUCAAGAACCCACCAAGUGGAAAGUGCUUACUCCUGAAAGGGGGCCAGAUAGUGAUGAACGACUGUGAAGCAGCUGACCUCAACCAGCACUGGGCAUUCAGUUGACCCCUAACCUUCGACCCCUGACCUUAAGCAGAACUGAAGCUUUCACUAGACGUUGACCCCCCCCGCCAGCCCACCCACCCAUAGAUGCUAUUAACAAAUGUAUAGACCCUACCAAUCUACCUAUAGACUCUGGGUCAAGCAGGCAGUACUAGCACCAGUACUAGCUGAACCUGACAGGACAUGAGUCAUACUGCACUGGAGACCAUUGAUGACCUAAGUGGAGUGGACAGGUUGAAUAUAGAGUGCUGGCUGUGCUAUGGCAGUGCACACCUAAGUGAAGGAUCUCAGGAUAACCACUUUUAACUAUAUAUUUAUGAUAAUAGAGACUCAUGAAUGAAGGUUUCUUCUCGUGGAGUGUGUGGACAGUGGACUCUGCAGCCUGGGUCAUGUUCAGUAGGGAGAAAAUGUUUUGGAAUGGAGUGAAACGGAGUGAAACGGAGAGAACUUAGGCCUACUACCCAAACUUAUCCAGUAAGAACACAUAUCUUAGUUUUCUGUUGCAAAACGUUUUGCCACUGUGUGCCCUACUGGACACGACCCUGGAGUGGCAGGCGGGAGGUCUCUUCCAGACAACUAGGACCUCAGCCCAGAAGUGCGUUCUCUUUUUUUUGUCUUAACUUAUCUUGUCAGGUAAUGAAUGUAGAUAUAGUGAAUGUUGUUUCUGUGACAAUGCAUAUGUCUGCCAAAGGGAAAGGUGUCCAUUUUUUUUAAAUAAAGUUUUAUUUGUCAUACGAGUGAAA